CAUUCCCGUGCUGUUUGUUUAGAAAAUGAAACUGACGUCCGGAUACACUGACGCAACGAAAUCGAAAACGAGCAUUUGACGUGGAGAAACGCUUAACAAAUUGGGGUUUGCUCAGUAAACGGUGGAAUAUAUCUCGCUGAAGUAAGAAGACAGUUUGACGAGCCUGUCCUUUGCUCCAAAAUCGGAGAUGUUGGAUAUACACCCGAGAAGGCAACGAAUGAGCGAUCUGCAAUGGAGCCUCUAGGGUGGUUUCCUGGGCGCGACUGAAGCUGUGGUCGGGAUGGCGCACUUUGACACCGAGUACCAGCGUCUCGAGGCAUCCUACAGCGAUUCACCUCCAGGGGAGGAGAAUCUGCUGGUGCACGUGCCCGAAGGAGCCAAAUCACAAUGGCACCAUAUAGAAAACCUGGACCUGUUUUUCCAGAGAGUCUAUAACCUGCACCAGAAGAAUGGAUUCACCUGUAUGCUGCUCGGGGAGAUCUUUGAGCUGGUUCAGCUGCUGUUUGUGGUGGGCUUCACUCUGUUCCUGGCUAACUGUGUUGACUACGACAUCCUCUUCGCCAACAAGUUUGUGAACCACACCGACUCCUCCAAGGUCACCCUGCCGGACGCCUUCCUCCCUGUGGACGUCUGCAGCGCCCGAAUCCGAGACAAUGCCUUUGUGAUUUUUGUGCUGAUCAUAUCUGGCAUUUUCUGGCUGCAUCGCCUGGUCAAGUUCAUCUACAACAUCUGCUGCUACUGGGAGAUUCGAUCCUUUUACACCAACGCCCUGAAAAUGACCAUGUCUGAGCUGCCUUACGUGACAUGGCAGGAGGUUCAGGCACGCAUUGUGGAGAUCCAGAAAGAACACCAGAUCUGCAUCCACAAGAAAGAGCUGAGCGAACUGGACAUAUACCAUCGCAUCCUCCGCUUCAAGAACUACAUGGUUGCCAUGGUGAAUAAGUCUCUACUGCCCAUGCGGUUCCGGCCUCCCUUGCUGGGAGAGGUUGUGUUCUACACACGCGGCCUCAAGUACAACUUUGAGCUCAUUUUCUUUUGGGGACCAGGGUCUCUGUUUGGGAACGAGUGGAGCCUGAAAACAGAGUACAAGAGGGGAGGCAACAGGCAGGAGCUGGCCGACCGGCUGGCAUCUCGCAUACUGUGGAUCGGCAUCGCUAACCUGCUGCUCUGCCCCGUCAUCCUGGUGUGGCAGAUCCUCUACGCUUUCUUCAGCUAUACUGAGGUGAUCAAACGUGAGCCGGGUUCUCUGGGCGCGAGGUGCUGGUCUCUGUACGGUCGCUGUUACCUGCGACACUUCAAUGAGCUGGACCACGAGCUCAUGUCCCGGCUCAGUAAGGGAUACAAGCCUUCCUCCAAGUACAUGAACUGCUUCCUGUCGCCGCUGCUGACGGUGGUGGCGAAGAACGUGGCGUUCUUCGCCGGCUCUCUGCUGGCCGUGCUCAUCGCCCUGACCAUCUACGACGAGGACGUGCUGGCGGUGGAGCACGUCCUCUCCUCCAUCACGCUGCUGGGCGUCUGCGUGACCGUGUGCAGGUCGUUCAUCCCUGAUAAACACAUGGUAUUCUGCCCUGAGCAGCUGCUGAGGGUGAUCCUUGCUCACAUCCACUACAUGCCCGACCACUGGCAGGGCAAUGCACAUCGAUAUGAGACCCGCGACCAGUUCUCCCAGCUCUUCCAGUACAAAGCGGUGUUCAUCCUGGAGGAGCUGAUCAGCCCCGUGGUGACGCCCUUCAUCCUCAUCUUCAGCCUGCGCAGGAAGUCCCUGGAGAUCAUCGACUUCUUCAGGAACUUCACUGUGGAGGUGGUGGGCGUAGGCGACACCUGCUCCUUCGCCCAGAUGGACAUCAGGCAGCACGGGCACCCUGCGUGGAUGUCGGCAGGGAAGACGGAGGCCUCCAUCUACCAGCAGGCAGAGGACGGCAAGACGGAGCUGUCCCUGAUGCACUUUGCCAUCACCAACCCCCAGUGGCAGCCGCCCCAGGAGACCACCCACUUCAUCAGCCAGCUGAAGGAGAAGGUCCACAGGGAGGUGGGCGGGGCGUCCGGGGACGUGCUCAACUCCAUCUCCACCUCCGAGCCCAGGAGUCUGGUGGCCAACCUGCUGGGCGGUCCCACCACACUGGGAUCCGUCCACUUCGGCCGCGACUGCUCGCUCACCAACCAGGGCGUGGCCGGGCUGGGCGAGGGGGUGUCGGCCCUGCGCUCCCUCUCCCCAGUCAGCUCCAGCCUGCACUUGAGAGGCAGCAUGAGCACCGCCCACAGAGCUGUAGGCCACGCCUCCUCUGUCAGCAGGACCAUGGGGGGCUCCGGCACUGACGCCAGGACAGUCAGCUCAGGCAGCAGCGUGUGGGAGGGUCAGAUGACCAGCAUGGUGCUAUCAGAGUACGCCUCUACAGAGAUGAGCAUCCAUGCGCUUUACAUGCAUGAGUGCCACAAGCAACAGUCCCGCGGCGAUCUGUCCCGCCACACCUGGCACCGGCAGGAAAGCGACGACAGCAGCGACAGCAUGGUGGACGAGGUCCGGAGCGACGCCAGGACCCAUUUGAGGAACUUCCCCCGCUCGCAGACCUUCCCCAGCGCGGCUCCCAGUCCCAGCGCCAUCCCCACCUCCGCCUCAGUCGCCGGCAGUUCCGGCACUGGCCACGAGGGGGCGACGUUUCAGCGCGGUGGUCACCAACAAUAUGGGGGGAGCGGUAGCACAGGCUACCUGGGGGCGGGGGGCAGGGUGGUGAGGUCAGCCCGGGUCCCCAUGGGAGGGUGGGCCGAGGACGGCCAGGCGGCCCCGCGUCUCCACACCCCGGUGCCGGAGGAGGGGUCCGAGGACGAGGUGGCCCCGCACAUACACCGGGUGACGUAGCUGUGCCUCGUGAAGAUGCAGUGUGCGCACACAUUCACUCACUUUUUCACUCACUCACACUCAACGCCUCAUUUGCCCCUUACACAUUGUUUUGACAAGUACAAGACAGGGUGUGCCAUUUUACAAAUACAAACCAUAACCUGUAUAGCCCUCCUGUAUGACUCUUAUUAAUCAAGUCACGCAGUGUAUAAAUUAAUUGUGAGUGUGUAUGUGUAUGUAUACAUAUCUAUAUCUCUAUAGAUGUAUAUCUAUCAUUUAAAAGGUCACUCUUUAGCCUUUUCAUCGCCCAUCACCUUCAUCCAUGUAAUCAUACAUGAGUAAGCCACUUUUAGAACUUCGUAGAUAUCACUUAAACUGAAAAGAGAUAGAAUUUUGCUUCAUUUAUUUUCGAGUAAUCAAAAAGAGAAUAUUGAUCUGUUUGUUUUAAUAUUUUAAUAAUUCGGACAAGAAUUUAUGAAGAAAAUGUUCCUAUAUCCUUUUCUUUCUUUAAUUUAAUUUAAUUUAAUUAUUUCCUAUAGUUAGGACCAAUCCUAGACCAUACUUAUCCAGACAUACACGCACGCUGUCUUAAUAUUUAUUGCACUCGGUUUCCUGUGAGUGCUUUUUGUUUUGUUUCUUGUUCCAAUGACUGAUUAAAGCAUGCAGAGCGGCCACUUUCAGACCCUUCCGUCCAUUGCUACUAGUGCAUGAUGUAGUCCCAUCAAUUGCAUCACACUUACACAUCAAUAAGCUCACAUCUAUAGACACAUCGGCUCACCAGGGGAAUGUUCUUUCAUUAAGUCAUUAGUGCUCAAAUAAAGAAUGCACUUUGGUAAAUCUAAAUAUUCUAGAUUUUGUUUUAAUCUAAUCUAUGUUCCAAGCAUGUUCUUUUAUGGGCUGUGUUUUUUAUUUGACAUUUUUUCUCAAAGUGUUUCUUAGCUCAAAUUAAGUGAGUGAUGGCGGGUUGUUUCACAAAUAUGGGAAAAUGGGGAAUGGGUUUGAGUGAAAUUAUUGUUUUAUACAAUUUCUGUAAAUUACCGUUUUGUACAGUUGUAAAAUCAUAUAUUAAAGUCAUGGCAAUAGUUGUGUGUAUGUUGAAAAUAUAAUUGAAGAUUGUUAUUUGUUAUUUGACUCUUGACUUGAUUCUCAGAGAAACAGAUGGUCAUGGUUUACGGACUAGAAGAUGCAGAAAAUUAAGCUACGACUGUAAAAUAAAAUGCAUUCUAACUCAAUUUCGUGUUUUGUCAGUCAUUUUAGAUGUAGAUCUAGUAUAGAUCUAGCCGUUUUUCUCUUUAGAUUGUGCCUGGUAGCCUAUUCAACCGAUAGUACAUAAUUUAUCUAACUCAAAGUAUCGAUUUGCUUGGGAAAUUAAACGUAUAUAAUAAAAACGUAUCAAUCACAGUGUGGUGAUACUUCUGGUUUUGCAGAGCCCUGAUGAAAUGAUGAACCUAACAUGAUUGUAUCUAACAAAACUGUAAUAAAUGAUGAACUUAAUAAAAAAGA